CAGUGGUGCAGUAUGAACAGUAUGAACAGGAAGUCAGAAACCUGCAGGCCAUGAUUGAAGAUGCUCACCGGGUCAUUCAGGACCAACCUGUGAACACCAGCAACAUCCAAGAGCUGCAGGCACAAAUUAAUCAUCAUGAGGAACUGGCCCAUAAAAUUAAGGGCUACCAGGAGCAGAUUGCAUCUCUGAACUCCAAGUGUAAGAUGUUGACGGUGAAAGCUAAACACGCCACCACUCUUCUGACAGUGAGUGAUGCAGAGGGUUUAACCGAGAGUCUGGAGGAACUGGAUGGUGAUGCUAUUAAAAGAAAGACCCAAUCACAAGUCUCGAUGUCGGCUGGUCGCUGUCAGUCUCUCCUGUCUCCUGUGACAGAGGAGUCUGGGGAGGAGGGCACCAGCAGUGAGAUCUGCUCUCCUGCUUUCUGUCGAUCUCCCUCUCCUGUCACUAACACUGACGCAGCCAUUAGCAAGAUGUCCAUGGGAAGAGCCACUCUCACCAGAGCCCCCCUCCAGGAGCUGUACAAUCCCACGCUGGAGUCUGUGGCCAGUUUAGAUGAUCUUCAGCGCUCGUGGGAGACCCUGAAAAACGUGAUAAGUGAAAAGCAGAAGACGCUCUACGAGGCUCUGGAGAAGCAACAGCGCUAUCAGGGAUCUUUACAGUCCAUCUCUACUAAAAUGGAGUCCAUCGAGACCAGAUUGCUCGAGCCCCCUAUGCACGAUCUCAGUCCUGACAGACAAAUGCUCCUAUAUCAGAAUCAGAUGGAGGAAAUCGUUAGACUGCAGGAUGAUAUAGAUGGGCUUCAGUCCAGCUUGACAGAAGAGCUGAUGUCUGAUGUCGUGGAAUCGGACUCUUCAGAUCAACUGGCCAUGCAGUCCACACUCACUGUGCUGGCGGAGAGGAUGGCCACCAUACAUAUGAAGGCUUCAGGAAAACGACAACUUCUUGAGGAGCGACAGAGUGAACGAGUGGAAAAGCAGCAGCAGGCGCAGGCUUUACAGAGCUACCUGAACCAGGCAGACCAGCUGGACCAAUGGCUGAGGAGCACUCGGGGUAACAUCACUUCCUGCUCUCAGGACUCGGAAGACAUGGAAGAGCAACUCAGAGACUGUCAGAACAUGCUGCUGGAAAUCGAGGAGAAGGUGCUGGUUCUCUCCGAGCUCUCCAGACACAGCGAGACUCUUCUGCUGGAGGGCCGACCGGAGAACAGGGAGGACGCGGAGCAGCUCUCCAGGAAGUUGCGUACGCUGAAAGGCAGCCUGCUAGAACUGCAGAGGAUGCUGCAAGACAAGCAGAUCAACAUUCAGGAUUCCCUUCAGGAACCGUCAGACUCCAGUGAAUCAGACUCCAGUCUGUCCCAGAGUCCAAACAUGCAGGACUGGCUGGCCCAGGCCCGCUCCACACGCAGCCUACAGCACCAGGACACCCUCCAGAAACAAAAGGAGCUUGAAGAGCAACUUGCAGAGCAAAAGAAGCUGUUGAAAUCUCUAGCAAGUCGUGGAGAGGAAAUACUCACCCAACAAGCAUCGCCCGUCAGAACAAGUGCGACGGAGACCCUGUCCCCUGAUAUAGAGCUGGAGGGAGACAGUCAGGCCGUGAAAAAGCAGAGGAGAAAGAGAUGGGAAAGUCUGAAAAAAGACAUGCUCACUAAACUACAGCUCCUCAUGAACACCCUGGAACAAGACAGCAAACAACCGUUUUACUCCAGAACUGCCUGUGUGAAGACUGCCGCCCCCGUUUAUAAGAGAGAGACUCACGUCCAGGACAAGUCCAGCCUGAUGUCCCUGCACAAUGGAUUCAGUCAGACAGUAAAGGAAAUAACCCCUCAGGCCACAGAGCGCGAGGUCGUUCUGAUGGAGCAGCAGCUUUAUUCGGCAGUCACAGCCUCUUCCUCUUGGGUGGAUGAUGUGGAGAACACACUGUUUUCUGGCCCUGCGCUGCUGACGGAGAACGCUGAGACACAACUGUCCAAUUAUGAGACAUUGGGAAAAGAAGUGACGGAGGUGACCAGGGUGGCCAGCCACAGCCAGGGCCAGAUCGCCAGCUCUGUGGGUCUCUCUGAGGAAGAGCAGACCCUGAUGAAGGACACUCUGGACUGUCUGACGCGACGCCUGGGGGCCCUGGACUCGGCUCUGGACCGCCGCUGUGACACCAUGCGGAGCAGAAUGCGAGAGCUCACGGCUUUCCAGACGGAGUUGCAGCAUCUCUUUACAGCAAUUAGUGAAAGCAAGUUCCAGGUUAUCCAGAAAAUGGCAGGAGUUCUUGACCACACAACAACUAAACAGCUUGAAACUAUUGCAGAGGUAGAAGAGACGCUGAAAGACUUUGAACACAGAAUAACAGAGCUGAAAGCCAGAGGGGCGGAGCUACACCCGGACCAGUUCUCCACCAAUGAGCUGCUGAAGCUACAGGAUGCUUAUGAGGAGCUGGUGAUGACGGUGGGCUCUCGGCGGAGCGGGCUGAAUCAGAAUAUGGCCUUGAAGAAUCAGUAUGAACGAGUUCUGCAAGAUCUUAUUGAUCUGGUGGACACGGCCCAGGAUAAGAUGACCGCUGACCAGAAGAUGAUUGCCAGCUCAGUAGAGGACGUGCACAGCCUUCUAGACAAACACAAGGAAUUUUUCCAAGGCUUGGAGUGGCACAUGGUCCUCACUGAGACAUUCUAUAAGAAAAUUAGUGCCUUUGUUUUGCCACGUGAGCGCCAGACUCUGGAGGAGACGCUAGCUCGCGCUCAGGAUGUGCUCAAGCAAGCGCACAAAAAAGGAGUUGAGCUGGAGUGCAUCUCAGAGACAUGGAGUCGUCUAGUUUUGGACUAUCAGACCCUGUACCGUUUGCUUGAGGCUGUGGAGGGCAGUCUGCCGAGGGUCGGCCUGGUGGAGGAGACCGAGGAGAGACUGAAGGAAAGAAUUGAGCUCUAUCAGGCCCUGAAGGCGAGUCUGAUGGAGAACCAAAACAAGCUGCAUCAGGUGCUGGAGGAAGGGAAGCAUCUUCUGUCAGAUGUGAGCUGCUCCAGCCUGGAGAACCAGCUCACUCUUUUGGGCGAACACUGGCUCAACAACUCCACCAAGAUUAACAAAGAGCUACACAACCUGGACUCCAUCCUGAAGCACUCUACCAGGUAUAAGCAUGAGUCUGUUGAACUGAGUCGCUGGCUACAGGAAGCUCUGGAACGCUUGGAGUUCUGGAACACACAGACUGUUGCUGGUCCUCAGGAGCUGGAGACUGUUAAAGACCAGCUAUCGGCUUUUCUGGAGUUCAGUAAAGAGGUGGAGACUCGCUCCAGUCUAAAGGCCUCAGUGCUGAACGAGGGAAACCAGCUGCUGAGACUGAAGAAGAUGGACACCGCGUCUCUGCGGUCUGAACUCACCCGUCUGGACUCUCAGUGGUCUGAACUGCUCGCCCGCAUUCCCAUUGUUCAAGAGAAGCUCCACCAGUCUCAGAUGGAUAAGCUGGCAUCCUGUCACGCCAUCUCUGAGCUUGUGAACUGGAUUUCAUUGAUGGAGAGAGUGAUAGAAGAGGAUGAGGAAAAUCUCAAAGGGGCUGUUGGGUCAAAGGUCAUCCAGGAGUACCUGCAGCGAUACAAGGGCUUCAGAGUGGACGUCAACUGCAAACAGCUCACUGUGGACUUUGUGAAUCAGUCAGUGCUCCAGAUCAGCGGUGCGGAUGUGGAGAGCAAACGCAGCGAUAAGACUGACUUCGCUGAGAAACUGGGCACCAUGAACUGCCACUGGCAGAUACUGCAGACACACAUCACUGAGAGAAUGCAAUAUCUGGAAGGUUUGUUGGCAUCCUGGGUUGAAUAUGAGGGUAAAGUUCAGGGUCUUCAGGCGUGGCUGAACGCUCAGGAGGACCGACUCAAGAGAAAACACAGGAUUGAGAAUUUAUCCUCCGUACAGAAUGCACUCAAAGACUGUCAGGAGAUGGAGGAGAUGGUGAAAGAGAAGGAGAGAGAGCUGGAGAGAGUGGAGGAACAAGCCUGUGCUCUUGUCCAAAACAAGACGGAUGAGGCUUGUGCUGUUGUCAUGGAGUCUCUACAAGCUUUGAAUAACACAUGGGCCAAUCUGGACCACCUGAUCGGGCAGCUCAAGAUCAGCCUGAAGUCGUUCCAGGACAAGUGGAGUCAGUACAAACAAGCGUCUGAAGAGAUCAACGGCUACCUGACGGAGGGACGCUACUCUGUGUCCCGCUAUCGUCUGCUCACGGGAUCUCUGGAGGCUUCACGGCUGCAGGUGGAGAGUUUACAGAACCUGCAGGAGGAGCUUGAGAAACAAGAGAGCAGCCUGAGAAAGUUUGGAUCAGUUACACAUCAGCUUCUGGAGGAGUGUCACCCAUCUGUGUCUGACACUCUCAACAACACACUAAAAGACAUCAACGCCAGGUGGAACAGUCUGCAGGAGGAGAUCGUGGAGCGUCUGAAGAGCAGUAAGGGUCUCCUGCAGCUUUGGCAGAGCUAUAAGGACCUUUACGGACAGAGUGACUCCAGCGUCCAGACACUCGAGGAGAGAGCAAACCAGAUGCUGAAGACGGCCAGCCACAAAGACAUCACUGAGGAGGAAGUGUCCACCUGGAUUCAAGACUGUGCUGAGCUGCUGCGCUCUCAGGCUCCCAUCCAGGCGUCUCUGCAGGUUUUAUUGGAGCUGGGAGCGCAGCUCAAACAGCAGGUGGACACAUCGGCCGUGGCCUCCAUCCAGUCUGACCACCUGUCCCUCACCCAACGCCUCAGUGCCGUGGAGCAGAGCCUGAGCAGACAGCAGGUGGCGCUCCAGGUUGGAGUUCGGGACUAUGAGACGUUUAACGAACAGUUGCACUCUCUGUCCCGCUGGAUCGUGGAAGCUGAGGAGGUUCUGAAAGGCCAGGAUCCCAACGGUUCCUCUGACCUGUCACUGAUCUGGAACCGCAUGGAGGAACUGAAGAAACAAAUGCUGAAGUUCAGCAGUAUGUCUCCUGAUGUGGAGAGGCUGAGUGAACUGGGUUACAGACUCCCUCUCAAUGACUCUGAGAUCAAACGCAUGCAGAACCUCAACAGAAGCUGGUCUACCACCUCAGCUCAGACCACUGAGAGGUUCAGUAAACUUCAGGCCCUCAUACUACAACAGCAGACAUUUCUGGAGAAGUGUGAGACGUGGAUGGAGUUCCUGGAGCAGACGGAGGAGAAACUUACCGUGGAGAUUUCUGGAAACUUCCAGAGCCUGAUGGAGCAACAGCGAGCUCAUGAGCUGUUUCAGGCAGAGAUGUUCAGCAGACAACAGAUCCUUCACUCCAUCAUUAGCGAUGGACAGCGAAUGCUGGAGCAGGGACAGGUGGACGACAGAGAUGAGUUCAAGCUGAAGCUGGCUCUGCUCAGUAACCAGUGGCAGGGGGUGGUGAGACGCGCACAGCAGCGACGGGGCAUCAUAGACAGUCUCCUGCGUCAGUGGCAGCGCUACAGGGAGAUGGGGGAGAAGCUUCGGAAGUGGUUGGUGGAAGUGUCCCAUCAGGCCGUGACCUUGCAGGCGGGUGCACCUGUCCCACUACAGCAGGCACGAGCCAUGCUGGACGCAGUUCAGCUGAGAGAGAAGGUUCUGCUGAGACAGCAGGGCAGUUAUAUCCUGACGGUGGAGGCAGGACGACAGCUGCUUCUGUCUGCUGACUCACGGGCCGAAGCGGCUCUACAGGACGAGCUGCUCAACAUACAGGAACGCUGGAGACACGCCAACAUCUGCCUGGAGGAGCAGAAGAAAGAGCUGGCCGUCCUGCUCAGGGAUUGGGAGAGAUGUGAAAAAGGUAUCGGAGGAUCUCUGGAGAAACUGAGAGCAUUUAAACGACAGCUCUCCCAGACGCUCCCCGAUCGCCACGAGGAGCUGCAGUCUGAACAACUGCGCUGCAAGGAUCUGGAGAGCAAGUUUGACGGCUGGAAGGAGGAUUUGACCCAUCUGACUGUGUUGAGAGAGUCUCUGUGCAGUUACAUCAGUCCAGAGGAUCUGCGUGUGCUGCAGGAACGUACUGAACUCCUGCACCGGCAGUGGGAGGAGAUCUGUCACCAGUUGUGUCUGCGCAGACAGCAGGUGAGUGAGAAGCUGAAUGAAUGGGCCAUCUUCAAUGAUAAAUACAAGGAGCUGUGUGAAUGGCUGACACAAAUGGAAAGCAAAGUAUCCCAGAAUGGAGACGUGAGCAUCGAAGAGAUGAUUGAGAAACUACGAAAGGACUAUCAGGAGGAGGUGGCGGUGGCUCAGGAGAAUAAACAUGAGCUCACGCAGCUGGGUGAACGUUUAGCUCGGGCCAGUCACGAGAGCAAAGCCUCUGACAUAGAACACAAACUCGGUAAAGUCAGCGAACGCUGGCAGCACCUGGUGGACCUCAUAGGGGCCAGAGCGAAGAAGCUACGGGAGACUUUGGUGGCCAUUCAGCAGUUGGAUAAGAACAUGAAUAGUCUGCGCACGUGGCUCGCCCACAUUGAGACCGAACUGUCCCGUCCCAUCGUGUACGACACCUGCGACUACCAGGAGAUCCAGAGGAAACUGGAUCUGCAGCAGGAGCUGCAGAGAGACAUCGAGAAGCACAGCACAGGGGUGGCGUCUGUGCUGAACCUGUGUGAGGUGUUGCUGCACGACUGUGAUGCCUGUGCCACGGAUGCCGAGUGUGACUCCAUCCAGCAGGCCACACGUAACCUGGACCGGCGCUGGAGGAGCAUCUGUGCCAUGUCCAUGGAGAGGAGACUCAAGAUUGAGGAGACAUGGCGUCUCUGGCAGAAGUUUCUCGAUGACUUCUCUCAUUUCGAGGAGUGGCUCAUGAUGUCGGAGAAGACAGCCGCACUGCCAAACUCUUCAGGUGUCCUUUACACUGUGGCCAAAGAGGAGCUCAAGAAAUUUGAGACAUUCCAGCGGCAAGUGCAUGAAGGUUUGACGCAGCUGGAGCUGAUCAAUAAACAGUAUCAGCGACUGGCGCGUGAGAAUCGCACUGACGCGUCCUGUAGUCUGCGAGAAAUGGCCCACGAUGCCAACCAGCGCUGGGAUAACCUACAGAGAAGAGUGCUCUCGGUCCUACGCAGGUUAAAGCAUUUUAUAUGUCAGAGGGAGGAGUUUGAGACGGCGCGAGACUGUAUCCUGGUCUGGCUGACUGAGAUGGACCUGCAAUUAACCAACAUUGAGCAUUUCUCAGAAUGUGACGUCCAGGCCAAAAUCAAACAGCUAAGGGCGUUCCAGCAGGAGAUCACUCUGAACACGGGCAAGAUUGACCACAUAUUUCAGCAGGGUGAAGCUCUUCUAGAAAAGAGCGAGCCGAUAGAUGCUGCUGUGAUCGAGGAAGAGCUUGAAGAACUGCAGCGUUACUGCCAGGAAGUGUUUGGACGCGUGGAACGCUACUACAAGAAACUUAUACGAUUACCGCUCACAGACGAUGAACAUGACGUCUCGUACUCGGACCGGGAGUUUGACCUGGACGAGCCUGGGGACGUGUCCAGCUUUCCGUGGAGCGAGCGCCUGGGUGACGGUUUUCUGUCCCCUCUGCCCUCCUCCAGUCGGUCUGCGUCGCUGGCAGCUCCUCUACGGGCCGAACGGUCGGGUCGAGACACUCCGGCCAGCGUGGACUCCAUCCCUCUGGAGUGGGACCAUGAUUAUGACCUGAGCCGGGGUUUGGAGAGCGCCAGCAGAGCCUUGUCCUCCGAACCAGGAGAUCAAGGAGAGGAUGGAUACCUGCAGGGCUCAGCUUCUGCGCUCUCAGAUGUAGUGAUUCCAGAGAGUCCCGAGGCAUUUCUAAAACUUACUGAGCAAACUCUGAGGUCCAGCGCUGGUGACACUGGCUCGCUGGAGACUCACAUCAGACAACUGGAUAAAGCUCUUAACACCAGCUGCUUCCAUCUGCAGCAGACGGAGAACAUCAUACGCAGCCGAACCCCCACAGGCCCGGAGCUGGAUGCCACAUACAUGGGUUAUAUGCGUCUUCUUGAAGAAUGUCGUGGCAGUAUAGAUGCAGUGAAGCGAGUGGGGUUUGAGCUGAAAGAGGAGGAUGACAAGACAUCAGGCUUUGUCAACCCCAAUAGCUCCGAGUCCCAAACCUCAGGUGUGAUCGAGCGCUGGGAGCUGCUGCAGGCUCAGGCUCUCAGUAAAGAGAUGCGCAUGAAGCAGAACAUGCAGCAGUGGCAGCAGUUCAACACAGAUCUCAACAGCGUCUGCCGAUGGAUGGACCAGACAGAAGAAGAGCUGGAGCAGCAGCGGGGACUGGACCUCAGCACCGACAUACACUCCAUCGAGAUACGCAUCAAGAAACUCAAGGAGCUGCAGAAGGCUCUGGAUAAGCGGAAGGCCAUCGUGCUGUCCAUUAACCUCUGCAGCGCUGAGUUCGUGCAGUCCGACAGCGAGGAGGCACGAGACCUGCAGCGGCGGCUGAAGGAGAUGAAUAACCGCUGGGAACGUCUGAGCGGCUCUCUGGACGAGUGGAGGAAUGCUCUCCAGCACGCUCUCAUGCAGUGCCAGGACUUCCACGAGAUGAGUCACGGUCUCCUUCUGUGGCUGGAGAAUAUCGAUCGCAGAAGGAACGAGAUUGUCCCGAUUGACCACACUCGGGACAGCGAUACACUACAGGAGCAUCACAAAACGCUUCUGCAAAUCCGUCGAGAGUUGCUGGACACGCAGCUGAAGUUGGCGUCCCUGCAGGACAUGUCCCUUCAGCUGCUGGUCCACUCGGAAGGCAGUGACUGUCUGGAGGCCAAAGAGAAGGUGCAUGUGAUCGGGAACCGACUCAAGCUGUUGCUGAAGGAGGUGACGCGAGACAUUCGAGAGCUGCAGAAGACCCUGGACAUCACCAGCAGUCAGCAGGACUUGUCAUCGUGGUCGUCUGCUGAUGAGUUGGAUACUUCGGGUUCCCUGAGCCCCGUGUCUGGACGCAGCACUCCCAGUCGCCAGCGAUCGCCACGGGGCAAAAGUAGUCUGUCACAGCCCGGAGCCUGUGUGAGCAGUCCACUUCACAGCAGGUCUCGCAACGCCGCUGGAUCCGGUUCCUCCCAUUCUGAGGAGGAAGAACCACCGUCCUGGUGCAAAAGCUUCCUGAAGCGUGUCCUGUGGGCCGCUCUACCCCUGCAGAUCAUCCUGCUGCUGCUGGUGGUCGUGGCCUGUCUCGUGCCUACGUCUGAGGAAGACUACAGCUGUGCCCAACUCAACAACUUCGCCCGCUCCUUCCACCCCAUGCUCAGCUACACCAACGGGCCUCCGCCCAUAUGAGCUCCACUUGGGUUUCAUCCCGAAUUGGAAAAUGACAUAAUUAAGAGUUUGGCAGCCAAAGUGAAUUAUUAUCGUGUCCUUGUACAGCUGCUAAUUUUACAGUACGUCACCGAGUCUCGUGUAGAUGUUUGAACAAAGCCUAUUGCACUGAAAACUGCUGUCAGGUGUUGUUAGUGCUACUGAUGUUCUUCCAUAUUUGACCUGAGGGAGGAAAAUAGGGCGUGGGAUAUUAACUCAACACUGAAGAGUUAAUCAGGUCUAAAGGCCUUUUUUAAUCAUGGGAAGAUCGAGUUUAUUGGAAAAAAAACUGAAAUGUGUAGAAUUGCUUGUAUCAACUGAAUAACUUGUAAAAAAAGAAAAAAAAAGAGAGAAGAUAAAUUUAUUAACUCUAUAUUGCAAUUAUUUUUUAUAUGUAUUUUUGGCAUGUGGUCAUCCUUUGGUUUUAAAACGAUCAUUGAUUUCAUUGAAUUUGUUGUUGAUUUUGUUGAUCUUAAUUUAACCUGCUCUAAUAUUCAAGUUAACUGUCAUGAAUAUGCUUUACUAUAUGUAAACCACUGAUAUCAAAGAAAAAGAUAUUUAUGUAUGUACAGUUUGCUAAGGCCUGAGAAACCUUCGCAAUGAAAACACACACAUGAUAUACACAUAUACUGCUGAUUAGUAUUUUUCAUUAAAAUAAAAGAUUAAAUGACAGUAA